CAAGCAUUGUCUUACUCCAACCAAGCGCUUGUACCGCUGCACGUCGUCUGCGCCUUGCUUAUUCUGCGCCAAAAUACAGCCAAAUGGUUGGGUGGCUGUGGCACUCAAUUGGUAGCCAUCUACCAUCCACAUGCUUGACAUGUUGUUGGCUGUUUCUAGGCUGAGACCAGACGCCAAGAUGGUGUGUGUGUGUGGUGAAUGCCUACCUAUGUCUAUUUCUAGUACUAUUUUCUACGGUGUUUCGGGAGAUAGAACGUUUCUGAAAGCCUCAUUUUACGCUUUUCACGCGCCCUCACGCGAUCCCUUGACUAAAGAAAUACUGGUCUGAAUUGGAUCAGUACUUGAUAGCUUUGUUAUGGCGGGUGAUGCGGGAAAUGCAGAACUUGCAGGCUCAACCGUCACAGUGCACACCUUGGCCGAUGCUAUGGGCGUUCCUCAGCCCCAGGUUAUCGUGAUAGACAGAGACUACCAGGAAGAGAAAGAAGAUCUCCCUAGCACAACAGAAGACCUCUGGGUCAGUUCAGCAGAUGGCCGAUAUUGUUCUGCCCCUGUACCAAUACGAGUUGGUCCUCUGAACAACAUGCAAACUUUCUACGUUCACAGAGAUAUACUUGUCCAGGCAGAGUGGUUUCGAAAAGCCCUAUGUGGAAACUUCAGAGAAGCAAGUGAGCAAUUCAUUGAUCUGCCAGAGGAGGAUCCGGCUAUUUUUCAUUUCCUCGUUGCAUUUCUAUACGAGGGUUGCUUUGAACCUAUCAGGCCAGCAGCGAGCGUUUUAGAACCAGAAGUCGACAAGGGAAAGGGUAUUGAAGUUGACCCAGAGCCAGCAGAGGCUUCGGACUCAAGCUCGUCAAGUAGCAGUAGCAGUUCUGGGAGCUCGGGUACCUCAUGGAGACGCCGGCGUCGGGCUCGACAAACGAGACUUGGUGAGGCGGAAGAAACCCAGGAGAAGCAUCCGGGACAUCAUCGACCGGGUUGCUCGUGUCCUCGAUGCCUCGCUCGGCGUGAUUUUUCGAGAUGCUGGCAAUGCGGGGCUCAGCGAUCUCGCGAAGGCAAUCCUCUUGUGCCUGUGCCUUAUGGUCGAGGGGCUCCCAGAAGAGGGAUCCAUCCUCCAGGUGUUUUCCCUCCUCCUGUCAGCAUUCCGAUGCCUCCUCAGCAGAGCCAACCGGAGCGUAUUACAGGAGAGGAUCUUCGGACGUGGUUCCUGGCGUAUGAGCUCAACCUCGACGUUUAUAUUUGCGCGACACGUUAUCUUAUGGACGACUUUCGAAAGGCAGUAAUGCGGUCGUGUGUUGAUAUGCUCGAGACAGCAGGCUGGGAUGCUGCACAACCAAAGAUGAUGCAUCUUUGCAGGAAACUUUAUCACAACGUGCCAGAGGUUGAUGACUUGCUCAAGAUGGUCAUGGCACGCGUUGGGUUCCUUCAGCCGCUUCUCUGGAAGCGCGCGCCUGUAGAGACAAGUGAGUUCUUGGUGAGUAACCCAGAGCUCGCUGCUACCAUUCUACGAGAGACGGUCAUGAGGCAUUCACAGCCGAUGGCGGAUUUGCCAUCGAUGGAGCAUGUUCAUACUACGGCUUAUGAAGACGAGUGGCAGAACUUGGGUCGUGCACCUGCACGAACACGAGCCUAUCACUAGUCAAUGGUUAUAAUACUCGAUGCGGUUUGUGGUCGUUGUUCUUUGCUAUUUUGUCUACAGACUGGAGGCCGGUUCGGUACACUAUGAAUAUAGCCAC